AUGGACCACGAGCAGCACCACCACGAACACUUUGAAGAUCAAAAUUCAAGCUGGCACGAGAACGGUGGAUACAACCCGCACCAUCAAUCUCCAGUGCAGGACUACAAUGGCUUCAGCAAUUAUGCGCAGCUCCCCAUGGAGCCCCUCUAUGGCACUGCCAUGCACCCACCACAUCAGACCCAUCCAACACCAAGGACUACACAUCCGCAGCUUCAGCCUCUGAUAAUGCCACAAAUGCCACAAUGGCCCAGUAUGUUGACCAGCCAGUCAACAUAUCAACCUCCGCUAUUCCCUUCCGCACCAGUGCCAAUAACGCCGGCAUCAGCUACACCAGUCUCAGCAACGUCGACGCAUUCACGCACUUCGUCUACUCCCCGUAAAACCCUCACCGACUCAGAUCGCAGACGCAUGUGCCAGUACCAUGAGGACAAUCCAACAGUCAAACAAACGGAAAUUGGAGCAAUGUUCGGUGUUGAGCGAAGUACUGUUUCAAAGGUGCUGCGUCAGAAGGAGAAGUACCUGUACCAGGACGACGGUAGCCGUUCACCCAUAAAAAGGUCGAAAGGCAAAUUCCCUGAUAUCGAGCGCGCACUUUCCAACUGGGCGAGGAAUCACCAAAGACAAGGCCUACUACUGACUGAUGCGAUCAUUCGAGACAAAGCGCGCUUCUUUGCACAAACCGUCGGUAACUCUGAAAGCCACCUGAAAGCCAACAGCACGAGCUGGCUAGAAAAGUUUAAGCAAAAGAAUCAUCUUAUGGGAGCAAGAUCUAGGAAGGGGUCAAUAGCAGAAGAGUCAGAGGGAACGUCAAACCCACCCUCUAAUGUACAGACACCAGGAGCUAUUUCACCUUCUUCGCCAGGCGGGGUAUCGCCCUCUACUGCCACUAUAACCACCAAGAAAAGCGAAGAUAAUCUCAAAACAGAAAGUCCUGACACCUACGAGUUUGCAAACCACCGCCGACCUUUCCAUUCGCAAAGCAGCACUUCCUUGUCAAGCGUCUUCACAGAUACAGCGCCGUCUUCGUUCUCGGCUGGGCCUACCAGUCCAACUUCGCUCUCGUCGCCGUUCUUCACACCUGAUUCUGCAUGCGGCCCGAGUCCCUUCAUGGGCAAUCGACAAGCCGCCAAUGGUCAGCCAGGAAGCGGUAAUUUCCAGCGCCCGCGAAGUCAGACGUUCCCCAUGCUCGUAGGCGUAGAGCAGUACAUGUCACCACCGGGCUCAUCUGAUGCGCUUACCCCAAAAUACAUUAGCAGCAGUGCACUCGACUCUCCCAUGGCAGAGAUGCCUGGGUCCUUACCAGCGAUCGAUGAGACAAUGUCCUUAUCGCCAACACAGGCCACUACCUCGAUGCAGCCGCCUCCUCUUCCAAAUGCUGCAUCUGGCCUUGCCGAUGACAAGGGUUCCUCUGCCGACUCGUCGCCCAUUACGCCGUCCCAGGAAGAAGCUGCACGCGCAUUAGAACUCGUCAUGAACUUCUUCCAGUCGCAAAACGCAGGUUUCGUCGUCGAGCCACAGGAGUACGUUACGAUCGGCAAGCUAAUGGAAAAGCUUCGAAUCAAACGUAGUUCCGAGAGCCUGCCAUCGGGUAUACGACGUACAUUGGAGCCCGACUUCACCACCACUAAACUCGAAAGCGUCAACGUCCUCCACUAG